AUGGCAGAGCCAGAGCACUUGGACAGCUGCACACGAAGGAGCACGAAGGAGGGAGUCGGGAAUCGGAGAAGCACAGCUCUGCGGGCAGGUGUGUAUGUGUGUGAGUGUGUGUACCUAGGCCAGAUCAGAUGGCUGGCUGGCUGGCCUGGGACACCCGCGAAUAGCAGCCUCUCUUCCCGGUCCCGCUUCUCCAUUCUUCAUCGAGAACGAACGACAGCCCGCCUGCCUGCCUUAACAAUUUCACUCUCCCCCCGCCCUCUCUCACCACCGCCGCCCGCUGCACCACCAAAACUUAGCCUCGCAGUUCUUCCAGCUUCUCCCCACCCUUCUCUUCGACUCUUGUCACACCAGAUCCCAGAUCCCAGAUCCCAAGACCAGGGCACAGGAAGAAACACACCCCCCCCGACAACUCAACUUCCUUCCUUUCUUUCACCAGACGAACGCCACCUGUUUCCGACUUGCGCCACACCACACCCCAAGCAAAACUCGCCCACCACGGAUCCCGUCAGCAGCACCCCGAACCCAGCUCGCGCGACCGCUGACACCGGCGCCGGGCCCUCCUCCCCUUCCUCUCCGACAGCGGGGGCCAACAACAGACCUCCGACCUCGCCAACCUCGCCCACGUCGCCCACGUCCCCUACUACGAGCGCACAAGCGGCUGCUGCUGCUGCUGCUGCUGCGGCUGCCCGCCUCCACCGGCCCAUCAUGCAGGCCCUGCCGGACACGCGCCAGCAGAGCUUUGACGAGAUCUACGGCCCGCCCGAGAACUUCCUCGAGAUCGAGGUGCGCAGCCCGCGCACCCACGGCGUCGGCCGCCACAUGUACACCGACUACGAGAUCCUGUGCCGCACCAACAUCCCGGCCUUCAAGCUGCGCCAGAGCUGCGUGCGCCGCCGGUACUCGGACUUCGAGUACUUUCGCGACAUUCUCGAGCGCGAGAGCGCCCGCGUGACGAUCCCGCCCCUGCCGGGCAAGGUUUUCACGAACCGGUUCUCGGACGACGUGAUUGAGAACCGGAGGGCGGGGCUGGAGAAGUUCCUACGGAUCGUCGUGGGGCACCCCCUCCUGCAGACGGGGAGCAAGGUUUUGGCUGCUUUUGUGCAGGAUCCCAACUGGGACCGCAACGCCUGGUGA